AUGCGGAGGUCGUCCGAGAACGGCGCCGGCAUUACUACCACGCCACUUUGGUCCACCCAUUUGCUGGUCUCCGACCCAUCUACCCUGCAAGCGUGUCAGAAGGACUUUGUCACAGCAGGCGCAGAUGUGCUUUUGACCGCAACCUAUCAGGCCUCCUCCGAAGGGUUCGCCCUCACGAAGACCGCCCAAUAUCCCAAUGGCAUUCCUAGAGAAGCCAUGGGCCAGUACCUGCAAACAGCAGUCGACUGUGCGGAGAAAGCGAAUGCGCCCCAAGGUAGAGCCAGAAUUGCGCUGAGUCUGGGUCCGUACGGCGCGUGCAUGAUUCCAGGCCAGGAAUACAGCGGCGCAUAUGACCCUGAGCACGAUGGUGAGGAAGCGCUGUACAAUUGGCAUCUUGAUCGUCUGCGGCUUUUCCUGAGCUCGGAGGGUGACUUGCUGUCGCGCUUGCAGUAUGUUGCGUUUGAGACGCUGCCUCGUCUGGACGAGGUGCGGGCCGUGAGACGGGCGAUUCGGGACUCGGGGAUUACAGCCCCGUUCUGGAUUGCGUGCGUGUUCCCUCGAGAGGACGACCUUCUUCCGGAUGGAAGUUCCAUUGAACAGGUUGUCCAGGCUGCUGUUGCUCCCAUGGAGAAUGGACUGUCACCUUGGGGCAUUGGAAUCAACUGCACCAAACUUCACAAGGUUUCCGGGCUGGUCAAAUUAUUCGCAGAAGGUGUCUCUGCGGCUAUUGCAAAGGGUGACAUCUCGUCUCCGCCUAGCCUUGUUUUGUACCCCGAUGGCACCAAUGGUGAGGUUUACAACACGACUACGCGAGUCUGGGAGAAGCCCGCGGGUGCCACAACCGGAGGUGAUCGUGAUAGCUGCCCGUGGGAGGUUCAAUUGGCUGAAAUAGUUCGCCAAGUCAGCCAACAAGGCCCCUUCAAGAAUGUGCUUGUGGGAGGUUGCUGCAAAGCGACUUCACAGGAUAUCAAAAACCUCCGCGAACAGCUCAAAAACUAA